GAUUCUGUCAUAUAGCUAAAACAAAGUAGAAAUCUAGCGAAAGCAGUCAAAUAUUAUAUUCCCACUGGUUUAUGUCUUCAAUCAAAGCCGGGAAGCUUCAGUGUCAUCACCAUUGUUUGAUGACUCUCUCCUUCACUUCCUAUAAAUAUCCAUCACUUCUUCUCGCUUUCCAUCAAUUAAUCAAAUCCCACUUCCACAACCACACACCCUUUGAUUUCCAUUACUUUAAGAAGCUCCUGAUCCUCCGCCAUGGCUGACGUUGACCGGAGGAAAAGAAUCAAAAUUGAAGAUAAGAAGGUGAAGGGGACAUUGGUUUUGAUGAACAAUCACUCCAUUUCCACCAUCAAAGACGAGGUUCUUCUGGGCCGGAAAGUUUCUCUGCAACUCAUCAGUGCCGCCCACUGUGAAUCUACCGUCAGGGGUAUCAGAGGGAAGCUAGGAAAAGAGACAAACUUGAAGAACUGGGUGAGCACAGUGAUCACUCGUUCAACAAAAGGCGAUUCAACCUUCGAUUUAGACUUCGAUUGGGAAGAAGAAAUCGGGGUUCCAGGGGCUUUCUUGAUCACCAACAGACACAACUCAGAAUUCUACCUUAAAACUUUGACAUUAGAAGAUGUUCCAAAUUGUGGUCGUGUUCAUUUCAUCUGCAAUUCUUGGGUCUACCCAGAAGAACAUUACAACAAGCAAUAUCGCAUUUUCUUCUCUAAUCAGACAUAUCUUCCAUGGAAGACACCAGAGGGUUUACGCCAUUACAGAGAGGAAGAGUUGGAGGAGUUAAGAGGAAAUGGGACAGGAAAGCGUGAAGAGUGGGAGAGAGUGUAUGACUAUGAUGUCUAUAAUGACUUAAGUGAACCAGACAAAGGUUCAGACCAUGUCCGCCCUACUUUUGGUGGGACCCCUGACUACCCUUAUCCUCGUAGGUGUAGAACAGGCCGACCUCCAUCAAAAACAGAUCCAGACACAGAAAGCAGGGUUCCGAUUCUGCAGAGUUUAACGAUUUAUGUCCCGAGGGAUGAAAGGUUUAGUGACUUGAAGAUGGGAGAUGUUUAUGCUUAUGGGAUAAAACUCGUAUCUCAAGGGUUACUACCUGGUUUUGAAGCUGUUUUGGACAAGAUUUCAGAUGAAAUAGUGGGGACGCUUGAAAAUAUUCUGAAACACAAAUUUGAAAAUAUACCAAGCAACAGAUUUAAUGAGUUUUCAUCAUUUGAAGACGUGCUUAAGCUUUAUAAAGGUGGACUUCCAGUACCAAAAUCUGAGUUUCUAGAAAGCAUCAGGGAGAAAAUUCCAUUUGAGUUUUUCAGAGAAUUGUUUCGUUCUGAUGGAGAACACGUGUCAAAAUUCCCUGUCCCACAAAUAAUCCAAGGAGAUGAAUCUGCAUGGAGGACAGAUGAAGAAUUUGGAAGAGAAAUGUUGGCAGGGAUAAACCCUGUUGUGAUCCGACGCCUCCAAGAGUUCCCUCCAUGUAGCAAGUUAGACCCUAGAAAAUUCGGAAAUCAAAACAGUACAUUGACUGAAGACCACAUAAAACAUCAGUUAGAUGGAUUGAGUGUCUUGGAGGCGAUCAGUUGUAACAAGCUGUUUAUACUAGAUCACCAUGAUCCAUUGAUGCCGUAUCUGAGGGGUAUAAAUGAGACUUCCACCAAGACAUACGCCACACGGACCAUCUUGUUCUUGCAAAAAGAUGGGACUUUGAAGCCAGUAGCAAUCGAAUUGAGUUUGCCACAUCCAGAUGGUGAUGAAUUUGGAGUUAUUAGUACAGUUCACACACCUGCAAAAGAAGGGGCAAAAGGGACAAUUUGGUUGUUGGCAAAAGCAUAUGCUAAUGUAAAUGACUCGGGAUACCAUCAACUUGUUUGUCAUUGGUUGCAUACUCAUGCUUCAAUGGAGCCAUUUAUAAUUGCAACAAAUAGGCAGCUAAGUGUACUUCAUCCAAUUCAUAAACUAUUGCAUCCACAUUUCCGUGACACGAUGAAUAUUAAUGCCCUUGCACGCCAAACACUCAUAAAUGCUGGUGGACUUCUUGAAAAAACGGUUUUUCCUGACAAAUAUGCCAUGGAAUUGUCGUGUAAUAUGUACAAAGAAUGGGCUUUCACAGAACAAGCACUUCCUGCUGAUCUUGUCAAAAGAGGAUUAGCCGUAGAGGACCCAUCCUCCCGCCAUGGGAUCCGCCUCAUUAUCCAAGACUACCCGUUUGCAGUUGAUGGGCUCGAGGUAUGGUCCGCAAUAAAAUCAUGGGUAACCAACUACAUUAACAUCUACUACAAAAACAACAAUGAAAUACAAAACGACACCGAGCUUCAACAAUGGUGGACCGAGGUCCGAACCAAGGGCCACGGGGACAAAAAACACGAAACGUGGUGGCCCACAAUGCAAGCCCUUGAUGACCUCAUCCAAUCAUGCACCAUCAUCAUAUGGACCGCUUCCGCCUUACACGCAGCGGUCAACUUUGGGCAGUACCCUUACGGAGGGUACCUCCCAAACCGACCCGCUACGAGUCGUCGGUUCAUACCUGAACCGCCGUCUGCUGACUAUGACGAGCUCGAGACGGACCCCGAGAAGGCGUUUUUGAAAACCGUGACACCGCAGCUUCAAAGCGUGCUUGGGAUUUCGUUGAUUGAGAUUUUGUCAAGGCAUUCGGCGGAUGAGGUGUUUUUAGGGCAACGGGAUACGCCCGAGUGGACAACUGAUGACGUGGCGUUGGAUGCGUUUGAGAAAUUUGGGGAGGAUUUGAGGGAGAUUGAAGGAAGGAUUUUGGAGAUGAAUUUGGAUGAGAAAUUGAAGAAUAGGAAUGGGCCCGCUAAAAUGCCUUAUACUUUGCUUUAUCCGAGUAGCGAAAUCGGGCUUACGGGUCGUGGGAUUCCAAAUAGUGUCUCAAUUUGAAGUGGGAUUUGGUCAUAGGUAUUGUGAGUUACCUUUGAAGUAUGGUGUGUUGAAGGUUUUUUAGGUUUGACAUCUUGUUUUUGUUGUGUAACAUGUUAGUUUGUGACAAUAAACUAAUAGUUGGUAAGUUUGGGUUUGACAUUUUGUAUAUAAUUUAAUAAAUUAUCAAUAAUGAUGCAUUUGGGAAA